AUGGCUGGAGAGCCCCCCGAACACCAGAACAAAUGGCAGCAUGUAGCGCUGGGUGGAAGUCGUUGGAACCCGGUCCAGGGCCUUGGCUCCCUAUGGUUGAGCCCCCUCUUGACUUCCAAGGCACAAGGCCAUGUUUGGUGGCUCAAAGUCUGCUACAUACGCCCCGCUCCUGACCACACACACACCCUGGGCUUGGGUGCUGCUUCCCAAAAUAUUAUUUCUCGUCUGUUCUGGGACUCCUGCUGGCAACAUCUUUCUCCUCUCACCACUUCUCUUCCUCCUGUCAACAUCAUUCAAGCAUCUCCGUUCGUGAUCGACACGACUCCAGUCGGUCGAAUCCUGAACAUAUACCAAGUCGCCGGCAAUGGCCUCAUCCAAAGUACGCUGCCCUCAACCCUCGGAGGGACCGAGCCCGAGCCCUGUCAUGAUCUUUUUCACGACCUGCUAGAUGGCAUAACAACCUAUCAAGGCCCAGAUUUGCUGAUCUCCUUUCGUCCUCUUCAGGAAAUGCAGCAGUCCUCGAGGCCAUUGACUCAGACCCGUUCUCCGAUGUCGUCCACGUCGUCGGCCCUCCCCGGCCGUCAAUCCCACGCUCGGACGAGCUCGCACUCGCUGCUCACAGGCGCUCUCAACGCCAACCAUAGAGUGACUCGACGCAAGUCUGUCACAAACCCGAAUGCGAACGUUACCGCGAUCGCCGCUGCUCUUCUGGAGAGUGAGCGUUCAAACGCACUGCCCAUCAACAGCGGCCGCCGAAUGUCAAAGAGCGCUGCUGCUCGUGCUGCCAUCGCCGGCAGCCUUCCCUCCCCGCCUGCUAGCCUCCCGAACCACAAGUCGAUACCCGAGACGAAGCAAGAACUCAAUGGUAGCGCCAUUGACGAUGAAAUGAAUGAUGGUUCGGCUGACGAGGGAACUGCCAAGUUCCAAAAGGCUCGUCAACGCCGUGCAAGCGACGGCCAGACUCUCAAGGAGGGCAAGAAGAGCAACAGGGUUGAGGUUCGCUGUGACAAGUGCGGUAAAGGCUACAAGCAUAGCAGCUGCUUGACUAAGCACUUGUGGGAACACACACCUGAGUGGGCAUUGACUUCCAAGUUGCUCAUUUCAAAACAUCAACAAGUCCAGCUGCUUGAAGCUGCUUCUGUUCUUGUAACCAUGAACGGCAUUGAAGGCAACGCUGCCACUCCUCCUGAGUCUACUAAGGACUUUCAGAGUGAGGUCGGGUCAUCAUCGCCUGCUACCUCCAGAUACUCUGACCCUGAGGAGCGACAGAGCUCUGCCGACACUACACCACCUCCGCUUACCGAAGGUGUCAGCGUCAACGGCACCUCCUACCGCAACAAGCGCUACAGUAACGGGUACGCGAGAAGCUACCAGUCGGCUGCGUCGUUUGGAGCUGGCAGUGUGCCAUACGGCUCAGGCUUUGGCCACUACCGUCAGCCUAGCAAUGAUCACCACCGCCCAAGUUCUUCCGGUCGCAAUGCCACGGGAGAGGACGAUAGAGAUCUAGCUGCUGCAGUUGAGCUCCUCAGCUGCAGCUUUGGUAGCAACAACGGAUCCCGCCCUGCUAUGACUCCUGCAGAUGCGCCUCCCGUUCCUCCGCUGCCGGCUCAGUACCUGGAUCAAGCGACGUCACUAUCGACAGCGAGCUUCAUCAACAGCUUUCCACGUCGACAGCCCGAGAGUUUUACUCGCGGUGACAUGAGACGUCCCAGUGUAGACGUCCGAAUGGAUGGCAGCGGCGAUUCGGUUAUGGACGAUGACGAUUUCGAGAUGCGUUCGCGCGGUCGAAGUGAAGAUGAUGACGAUGGUGUUUUUGGUCGCAUGGAGGAAUGA